CACUCGAUCCCUAGUGCCACAAUUAUAUUUGGUGGUUAUAUUUUGCAUCCACACGUGUUCUCCAAUGUGUCCAGCUUCGUCUUGACUGGAUCAUCCAGAAAAAUGUCAUCGAAGAAAUCGAAUUUGGCAGAUAAAAUAAACAGUUUGAUAACAGCAGCACCUGAAAAUUUUGGGUCUGACGAUGAGACAGAGGACACAAGAGCGAAAAUCGUUGAGAGAUAUGAGGAGUCAGAGAGUGAUGAGGGUUUGACUUCGUCAAUCAGAAGACAAAACAUUGAUUUGCUGGACGAAGUAGACGAGAGAUACAAAGGGAAAAAAGUGUCACGUAAAGAUCUUUACGGAGAAGAAAGCAGUGAUGAAGAAGAAGCUGAAGAGUCUGAAGCAUCUGAGGGAUCUUCAGACGAUAAAAACGCAGAGGAAUCAUCCGAAGGUGACACAGUUGAAGGAUCUGAACCCGAAGAAGAUGAAAACGAAGACGAAGAAGAGAGUAACGACGAGGAAGACGCAGAAGUAGACGAGGACAACCCCCUCCGGCGGAAUCGAGACCCAUCCAUUAACUUCAAGAACCUGAACACCAGAAAUCUCCACAGGGACAUCGAUAAAGGUCAAGCAGUGAGGGAACAGCUAAAACUGUGGGAGCAUCUUCUGGAGAUGAGAAUUCAGUUCCAAAAAUGUUUAGUCACGAGCAAUCAAUUGCCCCAGUUCGAUUCCUAUAAAAAAUUUACCCCUGACAAGGAGUUCGUGAAGAAUAAAGAUGAAACGACGAGUAAAUUGACGAAUCUGCUGGAGGGUCUUCUGCAGGUGCAAGAGAAGUUGUUCAGAAAUAAUUCUGAGACGAAGAGUUUAUUAUCCAAAAAAAGAGGAGAGGAAAAAGAAGAGGAGAACCCCAUGGACGAAGAAAUUGCUUCAGAUACUGAUGAAGAAGUGGAGGCAAGCGAGAGAGAAAAACGUGAGGAUAACGAGGAGGAUGUUGAACAGCCCUUGAAGAAGAAAAGGAGAACAUUGAAAGAAUACGAAAGUGUUCUCCACGAGCGUCACGAAAAUGUCAGAUCCUUCAGGAACUCAGUCAUUCAAAAAUGGAAUGACAAGACCAAAUUGGCAGCUGGAAAUGCUACGAAAGGAACUAGUCAAUCAGUAGUAAAACAAAUAGAAUUCCUUCUUAAUGACAAAUCAAAGCUGAUAAAACGUACGCAGUUGAAGAGAUCAGAGUACAAAGUAGCUGGGAAGGAAUCGACAGAGGACACUGAUGAGGAUGGAAGACGUACUCAGGAGCAUGAUACUGAGAUCUACGAUGACGAUGAUUUUUACCACCAGCUGCUGAGAGAAUUGAUCGAGCAGAAGUCAGCGGAUAUCACUGAUCCCAUUCAAUUAAGCAAACAGUGGAUUCAGCUGCAAAAUAUGAGGAGCAAGAUGAAGAGGAAAAUUGAUACGAGGGCCACCAAAGGCAGAAGAAUCAGAUACAACGUGCAUACGAAACUGGUGAACUUCAUGGCACCAAUCACUGUGAAUGACACUUGGACUGAUCUAGCUAAAAACGAAUUGUAUAAUUCGUUGUUUGGAAGAAUUAAAGCUGUGGAGGGCACCAGGAGUGAAUCUGCUCAGGAUUCGUAAUUUUUAAAAAUAAAGAUUGAUUAGAAUGUUAAAUUAAUGAAUAAAAAUCACGAAUAAAAGAAAUUUUACAA